ACAAAAGUAGAAUCUCAUCGGAAGGUGAGAGAGUCCGCUCUGGUGUGUGUGUUUUUUCCCUUCCAUACCUCUGUUUUCUCAAGCCGACGCUUCUGAGGCUGGGCUGUUGAGUACCGGCGGAGACCGCGGCUGCCGGGAGUGUAUCUAUAUCAAUAUCUGCAAAGGUAUUGAUAGAUCGGUUCCCGCGGCAUCAAUGGCAGCGGACAAAGGCGGAGAUCAGGGAACAGAGAAACAUGAAGGAGUAGGUACUUCUGGAAUUACAGAUCAAGAGAAAGAGUUAUCUAACAGUGCACUGCAAACCUUUUUGGCUGGAAACUAUGAUACUUGUCUACAACACCUUAGCUGCUUGCAAGAAAUAAACAAAGAUGAUUACAAAAUAGUUUUGAACAUAGCAGUAGCAGAAUUCUGUAAAAGUAAUCAAACAACAACAGAUAAUUUGAAGCAAACACUGAAUCAACUGAAAAACCAGGUUCAUUCAGCUGUUGAGGAGAUGGAUGGUUUAGAUGAUGUUGAAAACAGCAUGCUCUAUUAUAAUCAAGCUGUUAUUUUAUAUCAUCUGCGGCAGUACACUGAAGCAAUAAUAAUUGGGGAGAAACUUUAUCAAUUUAUUGAACCUUUUGAGGAAAAAUUUGCACAGGCAGUAUGUUUUCUACUAGUUGAUUUAUAUCUCCUGACUUGUCAAGCUGAGAAAGCCUUGCAUCUUCUUGCUGUGCUAGAAAAAAUGGUUUCACAAGGCAACAAUAACAAAAAUGGGAAAGCUGAGACAGGUAAUAAUGCUAGUAAGGAAACCAACAACAAGACUGAAAGUGGAACUCUAACAGAAGCUGCAAAAUCAAAGAUACAUCAGUAUAAGGUUCGAGCUUAUAUUCAGAUGAAAUCUCUGAAAGCAUGCAAGAGGGAAAUCAAAUCAGUUAUGAAUACAGCUGGAAAUUCUGCACCUUCACUUUUUCUGAAAAGCAACUUUGAGUAUUUAAGGGGCAAUUAUCGGAAAGCUGUAAAGCUCCUGAACAGCUCAAAUAUUGCUGAACAUCCAGGAUUUAUGAAGACAGGAGAAUGUUUACGCUGCAUGUUCUGGAAUAAUCUUGGUUGCAUCCAUUUUGCUAUGGGAAAACACAACUUAGGGAUUUUCUAUUUUAAAAAGGCUUUGCAAGAAAAUGAUAAUGCCUGUGCACAGCUUGGGACAGGUGGCACAGACCCAGGUAAAAAGUUCUCAGGACGACCAAUGUGCACGUUAUUGACCAACAAGCGUUAUGAGUUGCUAUAUAACUGUGGCAUUCAGCUUUUACAUAUUGGGAGACCACUAGCUGCUUUUGAGUGCCUGAUAGAAGCUGUCCAGGUUUAUCAUUCUAAUCCUCGCCUGUGGUUGAGAAUAGCUGAAUGUUGUAUUGCUGCUAAUAAAGGGAGUUUGGAACAAGAAACAAAGGGCCUUCCAAGCAAAAAGGGGAUUGUACAGUCCAUUGUAGGUCAGGGCUAUCAUCGUAAAAUCGUCUUAGCAUCACAGUCCGUGCAGAACAUUGUUUAUAAUGAUGGCCAAUCUUCAGCUAUUCCUGUAGCCAGCAUGGAGUUUGCAGCAAUUUGUCUAAGAAAUGCUUUGCUGUUGCUUCCUGAAGACCAGCAGGAGCUAAAGCAAGAAAAUGGUUCUAAAGCUGGUAAUCAGCUGAGUGGGAAUGAAAGCAAUGAGAAUAAUGAAGCUUGCAAUAGUAAAAGUCAUGAAGGAGACAAAUUUAUUCCUGCUCCACCAUCUUCUCCCUUGAGAAAGCAGGAAUUAGAAAAUCUAAGAUGUUCCAUACUUGCCUGCAGUGCUUAUGUAGCUUUGGCACUGGGGGAUAACCUUAUGGCUCUGAGUCAUGCAGAUAAACUUCUUCAGCAGCCCAAACUCUCAGGAUCACUUAAAUUCCUUGGCCAUUUAUACGCUGCAGUGGCCCUUAUUUCUCUCGACAGAAUCUCUGAUGCUAUUACUCACUUGAACCCUGAGAACGUCACUGAUGUGUCCCUGGGAAUUUCUUCAAACGAGCAGGAACAAGGGUCUGAUAAAGGAGAAAAUGAAGCCAUGGAAUCAUCUGGCAAGCAAGUACCCCAAUGUUAUCCCAGUUCUGUUACAUCUGCACGAACCAUGAUGUUGUUCAAUCUUGGAAGUGCCUACUGCUUAAGAAGCGAGUAUGACAAAGCGCGGAAAUGCCUGCAUCAGGCUGCCUCACUGAUUCAUCCAAAAGAGAUUCCACCAGAAGCUAUUUUACUGGCUGUAUAUCUUGAGCUUCAGAAUGAUCAGAGAAAUGAAAGCUUCUUUCCAUAACAUAGGGAGUUCUUGACUUCAUUAAUUACCUAGGAUAGUGAUCUAAUCAACAUUUCUUGGAAACACUUGUAGUAUAUUGUGGAAAUGUCAUCAAAUCCGGGAGAUUUGUUUAAUUUCUGUUUUCUGAUUGCUUCCAUAAUUUUAUGUUUGGUUACGGGUUAAGAAUUACAUUUUUAUUGAUAUUAAUAUAUUCAAGUAUUCCUUAAUCUUUCUGGAUCAAAUCUGUUUACUAUAUAAUCUUGAAUUAUAUUUAAAAAUUGCUCCAUGAUAUCCUUGUUUAGUUUCAUUUUUAAUUCAGUACCAAAUAGAAGUAAUAAUUCUUUGUCUUGUUCAUUUCAUAGUUGGCAAAUCAACAAUUUGUUUGAUUAGGUGCUUUUUUUAAAAUAUUUAGGUUUGAUAAAAUUCAAGUAGGAUUCAUAUAUUAAGGUACUCAUUUUGUUCCAUUAGAGCUACUUAAUUUUGAAUUGUUUUAAUCUUUUAUACUAAAUUCACAAUUGGAUUGUAGUUGUGAUUUAUUUGCUUUAAGUUCCUUUAACAAUAGAUCCUGUUAUUGCAAUUUUUUUUGCUUGAUGCCAGAGAGAUAAAUAGUUCUUUAAAAAUUCUUUAGUAGAGUCCCUAUGCAGUAGAUAAAGAAUCUUAAAUUGAUUUUGAAGAAACUUUUGAUUCCUCUUGACACUUCAAUUUGAAAUCAUUUUGUAAUAAUAAAAAUUUAAGUCUGUAACUUUUAGUCUGCAGGAUUUUUUAUUUAAUCUUAGAAUUAUUGUUAUUUGCAUAUGUAGGGCUGUAACUUCUUGUCUAAGAGAUUAACGAGUUAGUAAUCAAGCACAUAUUGAUUCUGAAGUAAAUUUCUAAACUGAAAUUAGGAGGUGUAUUUUAUCCAUGUUUAUUUAUUCAUUUAUUUAUAUUACACUUUAUUAUUUUCAUAAAUAAUUCAAAGCGUAAACGUAUAUCCCACACACCUUUCUCCUAUUUUCCCUACAAUAACCCUGUAAAAUCUAUUUGUCUCUCUACAAAUUGAAGAGAUAAUAGUGACAUAUUAUUCAUAUUUUGAGGCAAUGGUUCUAGAUAAAACAGGUUUGUCUAUGGAGGAAAAAAUGUUUCCCUCUGCAAUUUCAAAAAUUUACUGGCAGUUGAAUUUUGUAAAGUGUGCCUGAUGUUUCAUAGACUUCUCACAUAUCAGAUCUUAAUAAAUUUUGAAAUUGUUUUAGGCAAUACUCAACUGGCAUUGCAAAUCAUCAAAAGAAACCAGCUUCUCCCUUCAGUGAAAAUGCUCUCUGAAAUACGAAAGAAACCUGUAUUCCAACCUCCCCACUUGGUUCAAACUAUUCAGAUGCCAACAUUCACCACUAUU